AUGCUCCCGGUACCGCUGCCCGGCGUCGCUCGCCCUUUUGUUCUCCGUUGUCUCCCCCUAGUUCGAGCGCGAGCCGCCUGUACCGCUGCCAACUCUCCGUGUCGCGUCUCUGCCGUCGCCGCCGUCGUUACUCUGGAAAUCUCUUCGUACGCCUCCACGGCCUCGAUUCGCGCCGCACGGGAGAGUGCCGGAGGGGGCGGCUCGGGCGCGGACGGAGGCCCCUGGGACCCGGGCACGGGACGGCACGGCUUUCCGCGAUUCUCAGGCGCCGAGGAGGACAACAACGGAGGGAAAAUGGGGGGGGGCGGCGGGCCUGGCGGCGGAGUCGCGCGAGCCGGGCACCAUCAUCAAAACCACGCAGGCGGCACCGCCGCGAACGCGUCGCCGCAACUCCCCGCGCCUCCCACGGUUGUGAACAAGGUUUACCGCGUCGGCCGAAAGAUCGGCAGCGGGUCCUUCGGCUGCCUCUACGACGGCGUGGACGUCCGCGAUGGCCGCGAAGUCGCCAUCAAGCUCGAGCUUGCGAGCACCAAACACCCGCAGCUGAUCUACGAAGCGAAAAUCAUUCGCCUCCUGCAGGGCGGAGUGGGCGUGCCUGUGUGCUACUACUACGGUGACGAAGGCGAUUGGCACGUCAUGGUGAUCGAUCGCCUCGGACACUCUCUGGAAGACCUCUUCAAUCUAUGCAAGAGGCGCUUUUCGGUCGAGACUGUCCUUCACCUUGGCAUUCAGAUGCUGGACCGCAUCGAGUAUAUCCACAAGCAUCACUGCAUCCACCGAGACAUCAAGCCCGACAACUUCUUGGUUGGCCGCGGAGAAAACGCAAACGUGAUCUACUUGAUCGAUUUUGGCUUGGCGAAGAAAUUCCGCGACCACACAGGCAGGCACAUUGUUUACAAAGAGGGGAAAAACCUGACGGGUACAGCUCGGUACGCCUCUCUCGCGACCCAUCUAGGUGUGGAGCAAGCGCGACGCGAUGACCUGGAAGGCCUGGGCUACGUCCUCAUUUACUUUUUGCGAGGGUCGUUGCCGUGGCAAGGCCUGAAGGCGACGUCAAAGCGUGACAAAUACAGCAAAAUCACGCAGACCAAGAUGAAUGUCGAUAUCAAUGCACUCUGUGAGGGUUUCCCAUCAUGCUUCGCAGAGUUCCUCUCGUACUGCCGAGCGCUUCAGUUCACUGACGCUCCCAACUGCAGAUACCUUCGUCGUUUACUGACAGAUGCGCUUGCAGAGCGCCGCUCUCGCAAAUUCGCCUUUGACUGGGCACCUCUGCUGCCGGCGUGUUGCUGUUGCAUUUGUCGCCCUGCGCCGGUCGCUGCGUCCUCUCUCUCCCCGGCUCCUCUUGGUCACCACGCAGCUCUCCCUGCACAGCCCUCGCUUCUUCCGCCUCAGGCUUCCUCGCCGUGCCUGGUGCUUCACGCACACGGCACCUACGCGGCCGCCGCGGCGUCUCCGCGGAGGGCACAGCCUGUCUCCGUGGCCCCCGCGGCUCCACGGGCGGGCGGGACCCACGCAGGGGGAGCGCGGGGCUGUGCGGCGGCGGCUGGCGCGGGCAGUCGCCUCGUGUUGGGCCCCGAAGAGGAUGAACGCCGCAGCGGCACGCCGAACGCGCUAUCUGCGGCCGUCAGGAAGGAGGGCGACAGCCGUCCGUUCGCCGCUGAAGCAGACGAGGACGCGAAAGCGGCCGUGAACCUGCGCCCGCGAAUCGGGCACACAGAUCAGCACGGGGCUCGGUACCACGUCGGCAAGCAGAGCGCCGGCGCGCUCGCCCAGCCGCACACGAAUGGCAUCCACCACGGCUGCUGCAACGGCCAAAUAUGUGCGUCGCCAGCCCUCCUGGUCUCCUCUCUACCUUUCCUCAGGGCCCCGGCACAGGUCGCAAAUGGGGCGGCGACUGCCAGCGCGCAAGUUCAGCACCCCCGGCUGUCGUCGGGGUUGGGAUCGAGUCCCGUCGUGGUCAGAGUCGGAGUCGCGCAGUCCCUCGGGCUCGAACUCUCGGCGGUCGCGGCGGUCACGGCCAAGACGGGCGGCGACGAUAGGGAGCCGCGACCGGAUUUCUUUGCUGGACAACAAAAGGCGCAGUUCCAUGCUGUGAUGCACUAG